GCUGCGCUCAGCCUGGGCACGUAUGUCGGUCAACAUAGCCAGGCGCACUCAGAGGCAUACCUCACAGGUCCUCCGCGAGGCAAACUUUGCAAAAAACAAAGGUUGGCUUAACGGAAGCGACCGAAAUCAUGUCUUGCUCGUAGACUUGCCUCGUACCGCUCUGCCUGCCGACGUGCGGCGACUGUGUGCGAAGCAGCGAUUCGACCAUGUAUCCAAAGUCGCACUCGAUUAUUACCGCUUUUCACCCACCGGCCGCGCCUGGGUCACAAUUAGCGAUGCAAAUCACACAGAAGCCGCCGUCAAGGUGCUCAAGAACUGCAACAUUGGCGGCGCCAUGAUCAAAGCACAUGCCGCUGAGCCUGUCUCCGAGCGUCCAUCACGGACGCGGGGUCCAAAAGGCCGUAUGGAGGCCGCAGAGCGCGGGAUUAUCCCAGGAACAGGCCCCGACACCGGCAUCCCGCACCAGGGGCGGUGUGUGGUUAUGUACGGGCUACCCGGCCAACUGACAGUAGAAACUCUGAGAGCCUUCCUCAAGAGCUUCAAGCUUGCUGGGAUGGAAAACGGCCAGAAGGAGGUCAUCAAGGUCGAGCUCGACCCGGACAACAAAAACCCUACCUCACGAUUUUUCGUGCGCCUGGCUUCCGUAGCAGAAGCGCACCGACUGGUCCGUCGUCUGCAUAUGACGCACUACCAGCCUGACCAUUACGGCACUCGAUGUCCUAUACAUGCACAUGUCAUCUACUAGAGAACAUCAUACCACUCAUACAUCUUCA